AUGGCAACAGAAAUGUUGGACAUUGAUAGUUUAUUAAAAGAAAUUACAGGGCUUAGGGACCAUAGUUGUAGAAAUGGAUUCUCGCACCAGAGAGUUCAAAAGUUUAAAGUGCUUAAUAGUGAUACCAAUGAGAGGCAAAAAAUUUUACAUCUAAUUGACUCUCAUGUGCCAAGCUUAAGGGAGACUGCUGGUAUGCAGUUCACAAAAAUCAUUGAGCAUGAGUGUCUGGGAGAUAUGAAAGAGUAUUUUCAGAUGCUGAAGGAUGUUAUUUCCACUAAAUGUACCCAAGGGGGUAUGGAUGAAGUCUUAAAACAACAAUUGGAAAUGCCCAAGGAAUGGACCGUAAUUCAAAUAACUCACCAGAUCAACCCUGUAGAGCUUCAAAGCCUCGAGCCCUCUACAUAUGAGACUAAUGGGAUAGAUUUGGUUGUGUUUAAUUGUGGGCAGGAAAAUGUUGAACCUUUUUUGGUCAGCCUGUCGUCACCCCCGUCCUUAAACGGUCAAAAAUUCGAACUUCUCCAAAAACUGAUGGACGUAUUAAAAUUAAAUAGUGAAAUGCUAACCUCCACUUCCCAAAGGCAUUUUUUCAAAAAUAAACGGGAGAAAUACGAUUACAUGCAACGUCAAGAGGAUACGGAACUAACGGUACAAGAGUUGGUGAGGGAGGCUGAACAUAAUUGGCUGAGAGAGUGGAGGUGUUUGUUAGUGGGGAAAUUUCAGAGCGAGGAAGCUGAGGAGGAGGUACGAGGGGAGGUAUGGAGGUUGGCGAGGGAGUGUCUUAAGGGACAUAAGUUAAAUGGCAAGGACAAGGAACUGUUGUACUACAUCAUUAAAGGAGCCGAUCGUUUGACUACUUCAGAAAUCUCCGAAGCCAUAAAGUUGUGCUGUGGUGAUUUAUGCCAAAAUACCGCAAAAGACCUCGUCCGAAUGAUAAAAGAAAUAAACGUGAAAAUCAACUGCAAAUAUGACAUGUUACCUCGCCAUCCUGUUAUUCUAGUGUUGGACGAAUCCUUGGACGCGAUCCCGUGGGAAAUGAUGGAAAUUUUCAAUGGAGAACCGGUUACCAGAAUCCCCUCUUGGCAUUUCGUUUAUUAUUUAUUUAAGGCCCACGAAAAACAUAUUAAAAAUGGACUUAGAGUAAUUUCCAGACCCCUUGAGGGAAAAUUCAUCAUCAAUCCGGACGGGGAUUUAGUCCAAAUGGAAAAAAGAAUGGUUUCAUUUUUUAAUUAUUGGCUAAAAGGCUGGACCGGUAUUAAUGGUCGCAAACCAACUAGCGAUGAAUUUUAUGAUUAUUUGGAACAGUCCGAUGUUUUCUCUUACAGCGGGCACGGAAACGGAACCCAUUUGUACACUAUAGACAUUUUAAAAAGAAAAACUAUAAAAUCGGUGGUGUUACUGUUCGGUUGCGCGAGUACAAAAAUAGCACGUCAAGGUCCCCAGUUAGGAACAUACGGGAGUUAUCACAUUUUUUUAAUCGCCAGGGCACCGUGCGUCUUGGGAAUGCUCUGGCCUGUAACCGAUACGGUCACAGACCUUUUAACUACGGGAUUUUUGAGCAGUUGGUUGCCCUCUGAAGCUCCCAUUCAUUGGUCACAAGUGGAUAAAAAAGCGUGGAAAAAGGGUGGACCGUACGAUAAUUUCAGUGCCAUUGAUGUUCAGGCACCGCCGAUUAACAGUAAUUUGGAGCUAUUAAGGGCGCUGUGGAGCGCUAAGAGCUCGUUAAGUAGUUUUUUUACUAAGGCCGCAUGUGUGGUGCGAGGUUUGCCAGUCAAAAUUGCUGAUUGAUUUUUCAAUUCAAUG